UCUGCUUCUCUCUCUCUCUCUCUCUCUCUCUCUCUCUCUCUCCAGCACGGUGAGGUCUAACCAGCUGUCAGCCCGCUGCUCCUCUGUCUUAAAUAACCCGACACUGAGCUCCCACCAUGUCGUCCAGCCUGCAGGAACAGAACCAGGAGCAGAACCAGGAGCACAAAGGGGAUGUGAAGGAAGACAUGAAGCUGGAGGACCAACAGAAUCAAAAUGAGGAGAGGAAAGCAGAGAAGUGGGAGGAAAACAAUAAGGAAGAGCCAAAGGAAUCCUGGAAGGAUUGUAUCUACAACCCGAGGACCGGAGAGUUCAUAGGCCGGACCGCCAGCAGCUGGGGCCUGAUCCUCCUCUUCUACCUGGUCUUCUAUGGGUUUCUGGCGGGGAUGUUCUCUCUCACCAUGUGGGUCAUGUUACAGACGCUGGAUGACAAUGUCCCGCGCUAUCAGGACCGGGUGGCCAAUCCAGGUGAACUCACCUGUGGACAUCCUGCUAGGAAGGUGGACUCACCUGUGGGCAUGCUGCUGGGAAGGUGGACCCACCUGUGGGCAUGCCGCUGGGAAGGUGGACCCACCUGUGGGCAUGCCGCUGGGAAGGUGGACUCACCUGUGGACAUCCUGCUGGGAAGGUGGACCCACCUGUGGGCAUGCCGCUGGGAAGGUGGACUCACCUGUGGGCAUGCUGCUGGGAAGGUGGACUCACCUGUGGACAUCCUGCUGGGAAGGUGGACUCACCUGUGGGCAUGCCGCUGGGAAGGUGGACCCACCUGUGGGCAUGCUGCUGGGAAGGUGGACUCACCUGUGGGCAUGCCGUAG